AUGGAUGUUAAUGGCGAGAUCAAUGGCAUCUCUGCGCCAAGUCCGAUGUCCAAAUGGUCGGCGUGGCUGCCGCUGCUGUGCUGCUUGCUAUAUGCGCCCUGCGUGACCUACAGCGAGUGGUACAUUGACGAGCUCUUUGCUGUCCUCCGUAACGAGGACGCGCGAGGAGAGACCACCCUUGCGCAGGUGUUCAGCAAUGACUUCUGGGGCAACCCGCUGUGGGGCCAGAGCUGGACUCACAAGUCCUACAGGCCGUUGGCAGUGCUGAGUUUCUCUUGGCAGUUCCGCUUUCUUGGUGAGGAUCUCUUCAGACCUCAACCUUUGCGGACCUUUAAUGCAGCGCUGCAUGCGGCAAACUCACUGCUAGUCUGGGCGCUGCUGCGGCGCUUGGGCCUGCGCGCGGGUCUGGGGGCAGCGCUCUUUGCGGCCCAUCCGGUGCACGUGGAAAACAUUGUGUACCUGGUCGGCCGUGCGGACGUGCUGGCCACCACGGGGUGGUUGCUGGCGGCGCUGAUCCAGUUGGAAGUGCGGCGUGCCUGGCAGGCGGAAGCCACGAAGCCGCGCGUCGACUUGGAAGCAUGGACAGAGCGGAGGAUGGCAUAA